UCUGCUUCAUAUGCACUGAAGAACCAGAAAAUAAAAACACGACAUUCCUUUUAAAAAAAGGAGUUGUAAAUGCAAAAUCCAACCAUGAACGAGAAAGAGGAGCAAGAGAGUUUGAUCAUGGCUUCAGCCAAAGUGGUGGAGUAUUUGGAGCCGUUGAUGUCAAGGGAGCUUCUUUGCAAGUUCCCAGACAACUCUGCUUUCGAUUUCGACUACACCCAAAGCACGCUUUGGUCUCCUUUGGUCCCCCGCCCUUACAGCCCUGCAGAUUUGGGGUUUGGUCCCAUCAUCACACCUCGGAACCUCGCUUCCGAUGAUGAGUUCGGGUUCGGGUUUGGAUUGAAAAUGGAGAAAAGCUAUUGCAGUGCCAAGCAGCUCAGACCCAACCACGUCAAGAAGAAGAUAACCAGCGCUGCUUUCAACAUUAGUCUCAAUCUUUUGAGAAACAAAAACAAGAAAAGGAAGAACAUGGCUUCUGAGUUUUCUCCAACUCCUGUCAAGGGCAGCUGUGCCCCCAUUUUUACCAGGGGGUGGAGCAAGAUGCUGAAAGCUGCAUCGAAGCAUUUCAAGAGGAAGAAGAAAGAAUCGACGGUCCACAUGAAGAUCCCAAACUAUUUGAGAGAUUCACAUAUAUGAAUUAUUGUUCAUUGUUUUAGAGUUUAAAAGAUGAAGGCAUGCAAUAUUCCUCCAGCAUGUAUGUAUUCUUAUUCAACACAUUCAUUUCAACUCUAAUCAAAUCUGGCAUUUUGGUGACA